AGUCAUGUCAAAACUACUCAAAAGGCAAAAUGAAAAUAAUUAGGGCAUUUCCGCUGUGGAGUUCGAAAUACUACACAUAAAAAUGCCUCCAAUAUUAACCGAGUUUGUACUUAUACCUGGUAUGUCCGAUUUUCAUUUUUUAUGUUGAUACACUGCACAAUCUGAAAUCUUCUACCUGAAGCCCUGGGAUUUGUACAGUUGUAUAGCAGAUAUGGAAGUUAUAUUUCAUGAGAAGCAAGAAGGUUCAUUAUGUGCUCAGCACUGCCUGAACUCUCUUCUUCAAGGACCUUAUUUCACUGCAGUAGAUUUAAGUACUUUAGCCCAAACAUUAGAUGAAGAGGAGAGACAGAGGAUGGCAGAAUGUGGUGAAGAAAGUGAAGAAUACCAAAAGUUCUUGGCACAACCAUCUGGUAACAUGGAUGACAGUGGCUAUUUUUCUGUGCAAGUAAUAAGUAGUGCUCUACAAGUAUGGGGUUUAGAAUUAGUGCCUUACUCAAGUACUGAUGAACGUAUCAAUGCUGAUCCAAGUAAAAUGUCUGCCUUUAUAUGUAACUACAGAGACCACUGGUUAACCAUAAGAAGUAUAGGGAAGCAGUGGUUUAAUUUGAACUCUCUGUUGUCCAAACCUCAGUUGAUUUCUGAUACAUAUUUGUCCUUGUUUUUGGCACAAUUGAAAAAUGAUGGGUACUCAAUAUUUGCUGUACUUGGAGAUCUGCCUGAAUGCACUGCCGAUGAAAUUUUAAGGAAUAAUCCUAUCUGUUCAGCCCCACGACCAGUUCUAAAGACAAAUAUCUCCAAUGAGAGUGACCCUGAUAUACAAGCAGCCUUACAAAUGAGUCUAGAAGAUGACCAACAAUGUUAUACACCAGACAAUGAGGCUAGAGAGCUUCAAGAGGCUUUAAGAUUGAGUAUGCAGACAUUUAAUAGCAGCCCAGAAGAGGAUGAUGAAGAGAGUUUACUUCGAAAAGCAAUCAAUAUGAGCCUUCAAUGUUAACAAGUAUUGGAGAAAGGGAGUUAUCACCAUAAUACCUUUGUAAAUAUGCUUUAGUUUCUAAUCAAAAGGUAAUUGAACAUGACAUGUAAAAAAUGUAAAGAAAACUUGCCAAAUAAUGUUAGUAAUGCUAUUUAUUAAUAAUUAAAC